AUGAACACAUAUUACCUUAAAAUAUUAUUAUUUAGCUUUUUGAUAAAUAUUUUAGUAUUACCACAAUAUGAAAAUUGUGAAAAAGGUCAUUAUAAUGGAAGCCUCGUACUAAAUAACACGCAAAGAACAACGAUAAAUUCAAGAUUAUUAGCACAAACACAAAACCAUAAUCCACAUUAUCAUAAUGACCCAGAACUUAAGGAAAUAAUUGACAAAUUGAAUAACGAAGCAAUAAAAAAAUACCAACAAACUCAUGAUCCAUAUGAACAAUUACGAGAAGUAGUAGAAAAAAAUGGAACCAAAAUUAGAGGUGAACAUGCUGCAGAACCGAUGUCAACGCUAGAAAAAGAUUUAUUGGACACAUAUGAAGAAAUCUUUCACGAAGAAAGUCAUAUGUUAAAAUCGGGUAGGUACCCAAAUGAUGAUGACAAAACAAAUGAAAAGUCAUCAUCAUGUGAAUGUACUGAUAUUAAUAAUACAAAAUUAACAAAAACAAAAGGAAAAGAUAAGUAUUUAAAACAUCUAAAACACAGAUGUUCCCGUGGUAUAUGUACUUGUUCAGUUGGUAGUCUAUUCUUAACAUUGAUAGGUUUGGCAGCUGCAAAAAAGGCUGCACUUGCUUACUUUUCUGGAACUACUAAAACUUGUGUGUCAUCUAUUCCAAUAUUUAAUAUGUUUAAUUGUAGUUCUGUAGCUACAUCUCUUCAAGCAGGAGGUGCAACAUGUGCUACUGGUAUAUCUGAUAUCGCUGGAACUGUUUCAACUGCUGCUACUACAACUAUAUUCCCUUUUUCUAUUGCUAUUUAUGUCCUUAUUGCUAUAACUGUCAUACUGAUAAUCUUGUACAUAUGGUUGUAUAGAAGAAGAAAAAAUUCAUGGAAACAUGAAUGCAAAAAACAUUUAUGUAAGUAA